AUGAGACAUAGGGGUGAAGACUACUGGACCACCGGACUGUUCAACAGAACCGAUCAGACCUUCGAAAACAUCCGGUGGUGGAGGAGUACUAAUCAAUUUGACAUCAAUAUCCACCAAUUUACUAUUGUUUCCAAUGAGAAUGAGAGUUACUUGACUUAUUCUAUCCCAAAUGGAACUAUUUCCAGGUGGGUUUUGAAUUCCGAUGAUGGGUUCGCCGGCGUCAACGCCGGCGUCGGAACCGACCCCGGUGUUGGGCCAAUUGUUCCCUGCAGUGGGUUUGAUACCUAUCCGGGAUGUAUAGCACCCAGGCCACCAUCUUGUAGGUCUAGGAAUGAAAUUUUUGUGCCACAAACUAUUAGUCUUUCGGGAGGAAUUUCAUAUUCUGAUCCAAAUUGGAAUUUGGGUCUUAGUGAUUGUUGGAAUCUAUGCUUGAAGAACUGUUCCUGUAUUGGUUAUAGUACCCUCUUUAGUAAUAGAACUGGCUGUCAGUAUUGGAGCGGUGGGUUGAACAUUGUUCAAGGCAUUAUCGGCUCUUGGACCACCAUUUUCGUUUUAAAUUCGACUUUGAAUGGGACCUCAUCGGACAACAGUGGCGGCACAUCAAUUUCUAGCGAUUACUGGUGGGUAUGGAUGAUUGUUGCAUUCGUGGCUGUGAUAGUUAUGCUUCUCUUGGCAUUCUUCUGCUAUAUGAGGAGGAAAAAGCUUCAAGAGGAUAAAGAAAGGCACAAAGAAGAGAUAUUACUAGAAUUAGAGAGAUUUGAUCCAAAAGAGAUUGGAAAUGCUGGGAAGUAUGAAGUGAAAAUAUUCAGCUUUGCUUCUAUUUUGGCUGCCACAGAGAAUUUUUCAAACGAAAACAAACUCGGACAGGGUGGUUUUGGUCCUGUUUAUAAG